CGGAAUCGGGAAGGUAGGACGUAGGUAGGGCGCAGCGCGACCCGCUUCCACGGGGUGAGCAGCGUCCCCGCGUGCCCGUGUGUGCAUGUGUUUCGGUUACCGUUCGUCCGUUCGCGUCGUGUCGUGUCGUGUUGUGUCGCGCGGCGCGAUAAGCGGGGCCGGGAGUUAGGCUCGCCGUCGACGACGUUGAUCGCGUCGUCCCCAGCGGCGAUGCCGACCGCCGCCGCCGCCGGCGUACGGCGCGUCGCGCUCGCGUGAGCCGCCGUCCUAUGUACAGACUCGUCGCGCACCCGGAGGGCACCGGCGAGGACGACGACGACGACGACAACGGCAGCGGGUGCCAUGCCGCGGCGCGGCCCACGAGGAACGUGGCGAACGACAACGACAGCGACGACUCCGCCGCGUCGUCCUGCCAGCUAGGACGACACGCCGCCACCGCCAAGACCGGCAGCAUGGCAGCCGAGGAGGGAAUGCUGGGUAGCGGCUUGGGCGCGAAAUUGAAAUGCCCGACCCCCAUAUCGCGGUUGAGGGUGGAGAAGAUCGAGGGCGGCCUGAUGGUGGCUGGUGUGGUGAUAGCGGCGAACUGCCAGAUCGCCCUACCGGCGUUUGGCACCCUCUUCAUGCUCGUCGGCGCCGUACUCACUGCUGCUUCUUAUCGCGGCCCCGGCGAGGACGAGGACAAGAACUCGUACGCCGCACGAAUCGCCUUUACCGGCAAUUCCCGUAUCUUGGGGCCGAUCUGCAUAGUUGUGGGCGCCCUUAUGCUCGCGCUCGGCGUACUACUCUGCAUGCUCACGAGACGGGCGAGGCGGAGGGAGCGCAGGGUGGGCUUCCACUGCCCACUUCACGGGGAUUUCUACCCUCUGAGUCCGGUCCAAGGUAUCAAGAUGCUCGGGGUAUCUGGCAAGGACGUGAGCGGGUGGCCGAAGAUCCCGUGUCUGAAAGGCCGCGCGUCCAGCAAAGGCGGAAGCGGCGCGGGAGGGCCGCACGCAGGUCCGCCGCAGUGUCCGCACUCAGUUUUGAGCAGCACCCGCAGCUCCGUGAGCAGCUCGCCUCUGAGCCCGUGCCCGACGCCCAUGCCCUUCCUGGUGACCUCGGGCUCCGUCAGUAGCGGCAUGGUGCAAAGCGUUGGGGCCAAUCUAUCGCCGGACCAAACGUUCGGAUCGAUCCGGUCGCUCUCGGUGACGAGGGAAGUCGCCAGCUUCCCCCUAUCGCGAACGCCCACGCCGCCCCCGCAGCACAGACCGUCGGCAGUCUUGGCGACAAACCCCGAGGAGCUGGUGGGCGUCGGUAGCCCCAUGAGGGAGGCCUCACCCAGGCCGGAGGUGCGCGUGGUCGCGCCGUCACAUCGGCCGACGUCCGCCCUGGCCGCGACGAACGCCGGCCACCACGCCGUCUCCACGGCGAGCCGCAAAUCCGUCAGCAUACUGCUACCCGAGCAGAACAGUGGAUGACAGCAACAACAGCAACAGCAGCUGCUGCAGCAGCAGCAGCAGCAGCAGCAACACGGCUUCGUGCACCGUUGCGACGAGCAGCCGCUCUCGAUCUGAGGAGCGUCUCACUCGUCGGCGAGAGGACGCGGUGAUGAUGAGGACUACUCGCGUCUCGCGUUACACGCCGAUCCGAUUCGGGUAACUGAGAAUUAAUUGAUCUCGUCGCGCGUCUCGGGCACGGUCUCCGCGUGUACCGGUGCGCCGGGUAAAACCUGACGGAGGCGAGUGAUUGAUGGCUGGUUAACGUCGAUUAACGUCAAUCGCGCGAGUCCGACCGGACUCUACCGUAUUGAGAGCCCCGGCCGCUUUAGAUCGCAAUCGACGGGGAGAUCCAACCCCCGAGGGGUUGGACUAUCCGUCGACAUUGGGAAACAGGGGACCUCGCGAUGGCGGCCAUCGCUUUUUUGUCGCUUGAUUAACGACACUCCGCGCGCACCGAUACUCCAAUCGAUCGUGAAUCAUCAUUGCUUAUACGGAGGCACUGCCCGAUGGUAUCUCGGAUCAGAAACCGUGCCCGGUGUCUCCGCAGUCCAAUGCUCGAUGGGCAAAUUACAUCGCGCAGGCUUAUUACGUAAUUGAAAAAAAAAAUUAAUCGCUGGGAAUUUCCCAGCGCUGUACAAUAGGAUUCGAGAGGUGGGAGGCGACGAUUGAAAAAUUGUGCGUUUCCAAGCCGCGGUGAAUCGAUCGCGCCUCGGUUCAUACCUGCUGCAUCAUUCGAGCGCUAUUGUGCAUUAUUAAUAAUGUAGAGAAGUACACAGCGCGCGCUACUGAUUAGAGGUGCUAUUUGACACGCAUGUCUUAAUCUUCGAAAAUUGCACGUUCGCGUGCAUCGCGGUGCAAAACGGAUGUGCUGCGUGAAUGGAAAUCUACCAAGUGGAUAAAAAUAUCAAACUACGGUUUAAGAAUUCAUCUUUUGCCUGGAAAGCAAAUAAAAAAUGAAUUUUCAUUCGAGAAAACCGGUACACUGAUACGCGUUCGUACCACGUCGCUCGUUAUUUAAUUAAAAGCACGUCGGUGUUUAUUUUAUACGUAACGAAAUUCGCGUGUUUUGCCAUAGGAAGAAAAACCCAUUUUGCAAAGUAGACUUGAUUCGCGGCGCUUUUAAAGUCGAUGCCGCGAUGGGGCGAGUUGGGUAACAUUUUCUUUUUAACAAAAUCAAAAUAUUAGCAGUUGUAACAAAAAUACGCAAGUAUCUGCGCGUAUCGAAUUUUUCAAACAUCGUUAUCUCUCGCACGAAAGCGAAAAGGAACAAAUACCUGAGCUGUUACUUUGAAUAAUUUUUCUAAUAAGGAAGAAGCUAUAAUUUAUUUAUUAUAUUAUAUAAUUAUAUAUAUUAUAUAAUAUAAUAUAAUAAUAUAUUAGACAGAUUAUUCUGUGUUACAAGAACUGAGUUACAAAUCGUUAAUGUUUACCUCGCAUUUAAUCGCGAGAUCGUAAACUUGCGCGCGUGUUCGCGAAUUAGUACCGCGCGCGAACAUUGUUUGCCUCUUCGCGCAUUAAGGACCAUUCUCAGCGGUACGUGGCGUCCCUCCCUCGCGCAUCGAAAGGGCUAACGUAUGGCAGGGAGACACCCAGCACGGUUUCGCACUAUCAGCGCAUUAAUUAAGUCUCAGUUAUUCUCGACUCGCGUCGAGCGAUGCGCCUUCCUAUUUACACUACCGUCAAGCUCCACCGUCUCGAACGUUUACAAUCCCGGUAGAUAUUCGUCGCAACGGGGCGCGUUUCUGGCCAAAAGUAGUCCUUAAGGUAUCCUCGCGCGAUUCAUCCCGUCUCCUCCGAGACAUCAGACACGAUCCAUCGAAGUGAGAGAGGUCGAGAUCAAUCCGAGUCCCCUCCUCCCUCGUGCUUUCGCUCCUCUGUAGCCCUCCUGUGCUGAAACGGUUCGUUAGAUCGCGAAUUAUUAGAUUUGUCGCAGCAGCACUUUAGGAUCAGUGAAAAUAUUAUAUUUUGCACAUUGUUUGUGAUUACAUCAGUUUAUUCCGCAAUCUGGAGGUUCAAUUUAUCUGAAAUUUCUCGUUAGCGACGUAAAAUAGAAGAGUAUUGACUAGGAGUAUCCUAAAUCGCAUUUAUCAGCGUAGGCGCUGUGUAUUCACAGCCCCUUAAAUCUAUCCGCUGACUCAACUUUCGAGAACGAUCCUUGGUAUUGGAGGCUGAGAGGACAAUCCUCUCUCUCUCUCUUUCUUUCUCUCUCGCGGCCGAAUCUUCGAUAUCGGUCACGAGAAUCGAUAUCGUGCAAAUUCCCGGUUGAUUCAGGUAGGUAAAUACGUUAACUAAAUAGAUAAACCGUAUGACGCUGCGGCAGAUGUUUAAAGCUCGCCUAGACUGGCCGAUAGGAUUUUCGGUCCAAUUCGCGCGGAAUCGAGGUGACGUUCUUAUUUUUAAUCCAGACGGAUUACCUCCCACCUGGUUCAUCUGAUUCAACGAGAAACACCUCACCGGCACUUAUGUUAGACAAUACAGGCUCCCCGUGCGAUCUAGCACGACAGUUCAGCCCUUUUUCCUCGAUACUGGCUUGAAAAUAAAUUAGCUUUCGUGACAACUUGUCACAACUUUCGAAAAUCCGUUUAGUUUUAAAAUAUGAUAGCGAUCAUAACUUAGAGAAACUGUGUCAUAUUUCAUAUUAAUUUGAGAAACGACGUGAAUUAUUUCUUGCGGUUGAAUGUCACUAUUAAAAUUCAAUAUAGGGUCAUUUAUCACUUGAAAUGCCACUGGCGAACAUUGGUUUCUGCGCGAUCGUAAAUAACUUACGUAAUUUCUGAAAUGAGAAACGCAUGUCUGGAGACUGAAAAGUUAUUAAUUCUGCAUAAGUAUCGGCAUCUCCGGGAAAGAAUUCUUCGAAGUAUCGACUAGGUUGAGAGUCAGGACGUAAAGUAAUUAGCGGAAUGACUGUAACCAUUGACAAUCUAUCGUAGAAGAUAUUCGCGUUGCUAAAUCUCGUGGGAAGAGACAGCGGGAGAAAGAUUUCGGGAAUACUUGAGUGAAUUAGGAGACCGAAGUUUGAUAGAUCGGCGAGGAAUCGGGACGACUGAAAAAAUUGAAGUGAUGGAGGUGCAAAAAAAGCGGCAGUUCUGCAGCAGUAAGUCCUGUACGUGUUAAAGCGACGGCGUAUGAUCUUCAGAUUUUGAAAGAAUCGAUUUAGCUAUAAUGACAAAUCUCUGUAUUUUAUUUUUCUGUCGCACGCAGAAAUAAAACAUUUAUUUGUGAUUCGGGCGACGUUACCGGUUGGAUUCGUAACGUUUGGAAAUUGAUUUCUCAGUUUUAAUAUAGUAAAUAUUUUACUUUCGGCUCCCUCGCAGAAUGUGUGUCAAACACGAAAUUGAGGUUGUUUCCAGUUGAGCUAUCAAAGCCGGUACGUUUCAUUCAAGAUAAUUUAUUAUGUACGAUCUGUUUUUUGAUAAGCUCUGUUAAAUUCUCCGUUACUGCUUGCUACAAUAUCUACAGGCCUUUCUGUUCCACAUGACGAAUUCGAACACGACAAUCAAUGAAUCGCGAAGCGUCGUUCCAUCGAGACGUUUCUAUUUCAGUAGAUCGCGAACUCGCUAAAGUCAUCGGAAUUUUGAAUUUUGCACAUACCGCCAACUCUGUCAUUCUCAAAUGUCGACUUUUCCCUCCCGAAACCCGCAAUUGGAUCGAGCACGCUUCGUAAAAAGAUGGUCGAUGUCAAAGGGACGCUUUAUUAUCUCGAUAACAAGGCGAAGAGCGAAAUUCUUCUCGCGCUGCUGGUGUUUCGCGAUGAGAAGCAAGACGAGCGCAGGUUCUAACGAGUAACACGAUCCUUAACACGACGCUGGCCCACGGCAAUCGGAUUAAGUGCUUUCGAUGGAAUUGACCGAAACUGGAUACGGGGUUUUUGUGACGCUAAUUAACACGUAUCGUUCUGAGUAUUCGCGAAAGAUUGCGCGGCAACUGGAAAUACGAGCUUUAUUACGAGAGGGGGCAAAUACUCUGCAGUGAAUAUCACGUGCACGUUUUAUCAUUAAUUAUAAAUUUGGAAAAUCCAAUUAAAUGGAGAUUACAUUUAAGAUUAUGUUACAAAAUAAUAGAGGAAUCGAAAUAAUCUAGUAAAAAUGGGGAGAAAUGUAUGUAUAUAUUAAUAUUUUUUCAAUAAUUUUAUUGAAAAAUCGCUCUUUUUUUUUACUGCUCAACGGUGGACGAGCUCUUUUCAGAAUAAGAGCAAUUCGAUUUUGCAUGUACGCACGAAGGAAUCGCUGAUGCCUUGCCAGACGAAUUUGUGCACGUAUCAACACAUUUAUACCUUUUGCAUAAUACAUACCUGGGAAAUGUAUGUGUGUUCUAUCUAAAUACGGGAAGGCAUCGGUGAUUCCUAGUGUACGUCCUAAUCGCGGCUAAGUUUAGAGGCAUAAAACCAUCGUCGGCUGAGCGAUAUCUGUUAAGAGGCGUCCCGAUGGCACUUCGUAGAAUGGUGCUAGGUGGAAUACCAGGUGAAUUUGCGUUGAUGAGUAAAUCUUAUCGUAGGAGAAACGGUGGGUACUAAUUGCAGUAGCAUAUUUAAGGUAAGCGUAGUCCUUAAGGUAAACACACACGCGUUUAUGCUCAUAACUUUCUGCUUGCUCGACGACGCCACGAUCGAUCCUCGAUGAACCGCGGACUCGAUACCCUCCUCGAGCAGGCAGCCGAGAUUUUAAGUAAGACUCUAGUCCUGUAAAUACGUAGAUAGACAAAGAUAUCGGUCGAGAAGCGUGUGACGAGGUCAGGUACCUGCCGAGCUCGUCUCACGCUUAUGAUUGUAUCGGCGAGGAUGAGAUAUCGCAGAUGUACGCGCUUUAUGAGCUUACGAUUGUACCGAGAGAAAAGGAUAUUGUUAACUCUUUGGGAUACGUUGGUACAAAGUACAGGAAUUUACUAUUUGAAUUGUUAUUUUAUAUGGAAAAGAUUGAGGGGAAAAUGUUAAAAGUCGAUCUUUUGUACCUUUUAGUUUAGAUACACUACGUAGUUUAGUUCACUACGUAAUUUAUUUUGUAGCCAGUGCAAAAAUCAGCUCGAAGAGUUAACAAAUGGAUGUAUGCGCUUCUGUCCAUCCAGACGAGUCGGAGCUGUGAAUUGCGAAAUCGCUCACGAAACGGUAUGUCGAUGUUACUCCUCCGGAAACUCCGGGCCAGCCACCAGGAUUUAAUUAUAAACGUCGUUUGUCCGUUAUUUGAAUAACGAAGAUUAAUACGGCGCAGAUGGUGGGCGAUCGGUAUAUCGAUUAUCGAAACCGCCGGGGCGGAUAAACUCGUGAACUUUCGCCAGUCCGCAAUUUCGACUCUGUUCGGGGCUUCAAAAAGUAUACGGUGCAUAAUCCGGAGAUCCGCCUACGCGCUCCAGCGUCAACGACGUGCUAAUUACUCCCCGGGUUUGAUCGAGGACCACCUGGGAAUUGAGUGACCGUCGGCCGAAACGUCACCAGCGUUUCGCCGACAACUCGAAGCGGACGCGCGCUUGAGUUUUCUGGAUAUAUUCGACAAUAUAUUUACAUUAAUCGUAACGGUCUAGUACGCAUACACGUGUAUGUAGCUCACUCAAUAGCAUUUGUUCGUGCUCUGUCGUAGGAUAAUGGCUGGAGGUGAAAGAGAUAUCGCGCGGGCGAAUAAUCGCGCAGGCGGUUCGUCGAAAUCAUUUCAUUCACGCGAGCGAGAACGAGUAGAAUCGGCGGUUGACGCCGCCCGUCUCGAGGCUGGCGUAAAUCGAAUUCCCAAAGAGAUUAUAAUCUCGGCUGUCGCGUUUUAAACUUUCGAUUCUCAGAUCGGACCAUCUGGAGAGCCACCGGCUACGGGUGUAAUCUAAUCCGGUGUAACGGUACUCGCUCGAGAUGACGUCGAUAGGAUUUUCAGGAUUUGAUUUAUGCCACCGUCGUGAUAUGCGGCCCUAAGUCACGAUAUGUAAGACGAGGGAAGCGUGUGCCAAAAAGUAGGACAAAUUUCUCUUGCGGGACGAAACGACGCUCGCGUAUCUUUUUUCCUCUGUUUUGCUCCAUUUCGUUCCACUGUUCCACUUUUGGCAGCCUAGAUAUGGCAUCUGGAAUGUAACGCAAUAUCGCUGAAAAUGAAAUCACAAUUGGACGGAUUCCAGGACGUUUCCCCGAGAAUCUCGUCGAUGCCGGUCCAAUGUCUUCGAGAUGGAACCGUGGGACCGAAUGGGCUGAGCUCGCGAAGAACUCGUGAGAGAGACACUUGUGUGGGAAAUUUGUCGAGAGCGAUGCUUUUUUUCACUAUUGAAAGAUUCGGCUCAGCAGUGGAGACGAGGCUCCUUUCAGAAUAAGAGGGAAUCAAUCUCGCACGUACGUCUUAAUCGUGGAAUUAGGUUUGACGGAAAGUUGAGAUUAAUUUUCCCGGAUCCCGAAAAGGGCUCGUUUGGCCGUUGUUCCGCCCAAAGCCUUCGAUCACUUCGGCGGCACGGGUCAGGUCGAGUCGUUUGCUAUGCUCAAGUUUCAAUAGACGGACUCGGUCCCCGCAUUCUCGCUCCGUUCUCCUCCGAUCGGUCGACUUGUUUUAUUCUCGCGAACGGUGUUAAUUUCCGAGCAGCGUGAUUCGAAACGAAUUGCUUCAACGUCGGCGAGGCUCAAGGUCGGAAAUUAACGCGACUCUCGUCGCGCUUCGUCGACGCAUCCUUCCCCCGGAUGGCGGAGAGUGCAUUCUCACGUUGGGGUAGGUGAUGGCAGAACUUCGGUUACGUAGAUAAGGGUGAUACGUUUUUUUUUCUUCUUUAGGCAAAUUGUGAUAGACCGCGUAGGCACGUAAGCCAUAAGAUUGACUAUACUAAUUACGAUUUUGAUUCUCACUUAUACGAAGCCGAUAAGCGAGCAAGUUUGCAGGGGUGCAGUUAGCCGCAGGCGAUUCGCGGUAAACUUACCGUGCCGCGACUAGAGCUGCAAUUUCUCUGCGAUCUAGUGACGAAUUCGAGAUAACGCCCUUCCCUCUUGCUCUCGUAAUUUCUCAGCUCGCGACGCUGUAACGCGAAAGCGAGCGAAAUCCGCUUAAAAAAUCGGCAUUAAAGCUGGAAAAUGAAUAGAAAUUUUUAUAAGGAAUAAAUAAUCGUUGCAAGUCUAAAUUCUUUUACCCAGAGGGAGACAAAAAAUUGUGUAACAGUGCAAUUACCUGAAAUUAUCCUCGUUCACGGAAGAUUAAGCGACCGUUGCUUGCCCGAGUCUAACGGUGUAUCCGUGAAAACGAUCUGGCAAACAGGUGAACCGCACUCGUCCGACUCUUGCUUGCCUAAAGGCUUCGCGUGACAUAGACGUAAGUGUACGACAGACGUAUCGUCAAAGUCGAAUCGAGUCCUUCCGGCGGGACUCGCGCGGCUCGCAUUCACGAUACUCCUACGAUAUAUACAUAAUUAUAUAUAUAUAUAUAUAUAUAUAUAAUUAUAGCCAAGGUAAAAUUUACGACACAUCAGGAUGAGUUUUAUAGCUGUUGAUUAUAAAGAGGCUGAUUAAGUUUAGAUAUCGUUCCAGUGUACUCGAUACAUUUGAUAUAACGCAGUUAAAGAUAUUCGUAUAGUAGACACUCGCGUUACUAUUAUUAUCAUCAUCAUCAUCAUCAUCAUCAUCACCGUAGUUAAGAUGAAUAUCCGAUAAUUUUGUCCCGUUUCUUAGGCGCGUUCGACGCGAUGCUGACGCCACGACGAAUAGAGAAUAAACGGAGUAUCGUUAGAAUAGAACGACUCAUCACCUGUUACGAUUAAAAUUGGAUAAUGUAGGUAUCAUUGCCAUUAUAUGAGUCAUCGACUCCGCAAUCUCCGUGGCUUAUGUAAAUUGAGACAAGACUAUCUAUCGCAAGGAAACGAUCGGGAAACGAUGUACCGAAAAGGACAAUUUAAAAUCUCUACAGAAAUCGAUACACGUAGGCCAUUGGAUACAGCGAGAAUUUAAUUUUGCGGGCUCGCCGCGACGGAAUUCCGCAGCAGCCGGCGCGGUUUUACAUUUACACUCGUGGGUCGACGGCAAUAAAAGGUAGCAGUUAUGGCCUAUAACGCGCGCGUAGAGGCACACCCAACCGUGUGUCGCACGCGAGGUGCCGCGGACAUACGAUCAUUUCCGUCGCGGCGCGUUGCCAGACGUCGGACCGAGCGACAUUCGUCCCGCGAGAGGACGAAAAGCUCCCUCGAGGAGAGUGACUUUUUUUUAUAUCGAACUGUCGAUCGGUUCAACGUCGUUCGACGCGCUCUUCGCUCCCGGGAUGCGCUUGAUUGGUGGGACCUGAGCAGAAUGGCUGUCUUGCACUCUUGAGACAUACAACAGUUAUUGCGCGUCACCUCAAGACACAGGCUUAAAAUAUAAAACAUUGUCUUAAGAGUAUACACUGCAAGACAGCCCUUCCGCUUAAGCCCGUGCCCAUUCGGCCAAGUGUCGUUCUCCGCCGCGAGCGGAAGCGCGCAUCGGGAGAGCAACGGAGCGACGAGCGAUCGGCGGCGUCGCGCUCGCGAGGCGAACGCGAACGAGGCGGACGUUUGAAUAUCCCCACAGGCAUUUUAACGUUUUAAGCGAGACCCAAUUAGCAUUAGUGAGAAUCGUUACGUCUGAACAUUGAUGUCAUCGUUAUCGCUGUAUGAUUAUCAUCACGCUCUUAUCCGCCGCUGCUAUCUAACGUCGUCACCGCUGGCGACGCGGUGACGAGGUGGUACACUCUAUACUCGAUAUUCUGUGUCGAUACCUACACCUAAACUGUAUAUUAACAAUGAUCACUGUGUAAGGAGUUGAAAUUCCAGUAUAAUAAAAUCGCUCUUCAUAAACUCGGCCCUCUACUUGACACGAUCCUGAUCACCGGCGCGUGACGAUGCAUUUAGGUAUGUAAUAAAGAACCAGAGUUAAGUUUCUGUAAUUACAUUCUCAGGCGUAAAAAGAGAGACGAUAUCACUAUUUUUCGAAUGCAUUCUCUGAUAUCUACUAAAUAUUGAAUAUUUUAACUCUCUCGAGAGUUAGAAGAAUUAGAACGUUCCGUUUCCUAAGGCCUGCGGACCAAGUUCCAGCAUCGUGGACACGGGCCUUUAUACAGGGUGUCCCAGGAGGAAAGGUCAAUAUUCUGGGAGGUGAUAGUGUCGGUCGUUUUAAGCAAACAUGUUCAUAUGAAUAUAUGUCCCAUUCCCCCCUGUUUCCGAGAUAGAGCUACUUGAAUGUCUCGUGCACUUAAUUUUUUUUCUGUACACUUCACCCUUUAUCUAACCUCACAAACGCCCGCGGGAAUUUACUUUUAUACGUCUGUUGACGGUUGUGCCGAUAACAUUGUAGAAAUGUUCAAAAUGACUCGCAUAUUCACAAUUGUCGAAUAUGCAGGUGUGCUGUAUGUUUACGGUUUCUGUGCUGCUGUUGAAGAAUACCGGUCGCUUUCCUACACGCAGGAUUCCGAAUCGUAAAGUGUUUUCCAAGGUUUUCAAUACAUUGCGUGAAAGUGGAACGCUUGCCAGUGUUCACGUUUUAUCUGAACGAGGACGUCAACAAAAUGUGCCCCGUCUCGGAAACAGUGGAGAAUGGGACAUGUAUUGAUAUGAGCAUUUUUGCUUAAAAUGACCGAUACUGUCACCUCCCAGAAUAUUGACCUUUCCUGCUGGAACACCCUGUACAUGAGAAUAAAAGGGAAAGUAGGUUUUAAGAGAUAUAACUUAACUUUUAUAAGAUAGUUAUAUAUAUAUUUGCUUAAAGAUAUUUACGAAAGACACAAAUCAGUUAAAUACAACCUGAUAUAACAAAUUCUUGCUAAAUCGUUCUCGCGGUUCUCAGCGCUAUUAAGAGGUGAAACGUGACUUAUCUUGGAAUGUAUCGCGACAUGUGCAACUUCGUUGCGUUUUUUUCACGAGAGACGAGGCCGGAUUGGCUCACCGAUCGACGUUGACGAUAAUGAAAGCUGAUCUAUGCUCGAAUGUCUAUCAUAAAUUUGUCAGAAGCGAGCGAUCGGGUCGUCAGGAAACGAUGGAAAAUUUUACGGUAAUUAAGGAGAUUAUAUAAUGUAUGUGUACCCGGACAUACUAUUUGUUAGUAAUUUUUUUCUCACGGAAUAAAUAUACAUCUCUUACGCAUC